GGAGGAGGGCGGCGGAUGCGCUGCUUCUCCAGUCUCGCUCUCCGUGUCUUUGUCUCACACUCUUUGUUAGCCAUGCCUAGCCUACUGGUGCUGUCAGGGAUCAUGGAGAAAAAUGAGGGGUACGGCUCGGAACUGGCCGCCUCUGGUUUUGGUACCGAAAGCCUCCUGGCGCCGCCCGACGAGGAGGAAGAGGAGUCGCGUGCGCUGCGGGUUGCGCUGGGCCAGCUCUCCUUGCUCGGGCUCGGGGAAAGCGAGGAGGGCGCCGGAGUUCAGGAGAGGAGCAACAACAACAACAACAAUCACCACCACCACGGCCACGGCCACGCCAACAGCGUCGGCGGCGGAGGAGGUGGUGGAGGUGGAGGUGGUAGUGCUGGAGAAGCCGGGAUCUUACAAGGCAAGAGCAAGUUGUGCGCCCUGUACGAGAGCUCCGGUUCUGAGACCAAAGCGCGCGGCUGCAACAUCACCGAGUGUGUGCCCGUGCCCAGCUCAGAACAUGUGGCGGAAAUAGUGGGCAGGCAAGGUUGUAAAAUCAAAGCCUUGCGGGCGAAAACCAACACCUACAUCAAGACCCCAGUACGGGGAGAAGAGCCUGUGUUUCUCAUUACUGGUCGUAAGGAAGAUGUGGCGUUAGCUAGACGUGAGAUCAUCUCGGCAGCCGAGCACUUCUCCAUGCUGCGUGCGUCCCGGAACAAGCUGGGCGUGUCUUUUAACGGUUCCCCGCCUGCCCUGCUGCCGGGCCAGACGACGAUCCAGGUGCGCGUGCCUUAUCGUGUGGUAGGUCUGGUGGUGGGCCCCAAAGGCUCCACUAUCAAGCGCAUCCAGCAGCAGACGUGCACGUACAUCGUGACCCCAAGCCGCGAUCGUGACCCCGUCUUCGAGAUCACCGGUUCUCCGGGCAACGCCGAGCGAGCGCGGGAGGAGAUCGAAGCGCAUAUUGCCUCACGUACGGGCACCCUGCACGACCACAACAACGAGAACGACUGCCUGGCCACCGAGAACGGCACCAACGGCGGCCCGGAGAGUCGCCUACAGCACGCGUGGGGGCUUCAGGGUGGUCAGCGCAAGCCUCUCGCUAGCAGUUACCGCCAGAAUUUCUCCGAUGCCGUGUUAGGAGGUACCGGAAGUGGAAGCGUCGGAGUUGGUAUGGGCAUUUACAGCAAAUCCGACUUCUCACCUCCUACCAAUGGAGACAAGCCGUGUUCCUAUUUUGGUUCUGAAGGUUCCCAGAGCUGGGGUGACCCCGAUUAUCCCAAACAGGUAGCCUACUAUGUCCAGCAGCGCUCCAAGAGCUUCGGAGGCCUGCCUUUGCCCUUGACCAGACUGUCUCCGGGUCUCCCGGAACCUUCUGGAACCAGCAGCGCCGGAUCCGCCGGCAUAGGUUCGGCCCACGCCCAGGCUCGGCGUGCACACAGCGAGCCCACCUCGACCCGAGACUGCAUGACCUGCUUCGAGAGCAAAGUGACGGCCGCUCUGGUGCCCUGCGGCCACAACCUCUUCUGCAUGGAGUGCGCCAUCCGCAUCUGCGAGCUGAACCAUCCCGAAUGCCCCGUCUGCCACACACUCGUCACCCAGGCCAUCCGGAUCUUCUCUUAAAAAGGUUUUUUUGGGUUUUUUUUGGUGCAUUGGUUUUGACUAAAUAUUUUUACCUACUUUUAUUAGUUUAGCCUUUGUUUGGUCAGUAUUGGUCAGUAUGCCCCAUGUACGUCUUGCUUUUUUUCAGAAAAUGAAAAAAAAUCAAAACGAGCAGAUAUUUUAGAAGACACUGCUUGCUUUACUAAAAAAAGAGUAAGAAGUAUUUUCAGAUUUUUUCUUUUAUAUAUAUACACAAAUAUGCAUAUAUAUUUUAUAAAAGUUUUGUUAAAAUGGGGAAAAUUUUAACUCUUAAUGUUCUCUUUUUUUUUUGCUGUUAAUUUAUUUUUAAUUUUUUACUGCUGCUGUUUUUCCACAUGAAUUGCGAUGUGGGUAGAAACAGAAGAAAUAAUGUGAAUGUUUUACACUUUUUGUUUGGUUUUGGAAGUUCUUACCAUUAUUAUUCUUCUUCUUCUUAUUAUUAGAUAUAUAAUUAUUAAUAUUAAUUUGUACAAUUGGAAAGAAUAUAGUUUUACAUCCCAGCGUUUGUCUGCAAAUAGGCAAAUAUGCUUUUUAAAGGCAAAGUAGAUAAUGACUGAAUCUUAAGUCUAUCAUUGCACCUUAAAACUGAUACCUUGAUUGUCACUGAAAAAAAAACACCCUUUAUGUAUUUGUUUAAACCUGUUUUAUGAAGAUUUGGAACACACACACACACACACACACAGGACAUUCAAACAUUUACUUCAAUCUAAAACCACACUGACACACAAUAACAAACUGAAGGAUGAUUUGUCUUUAGAACAUUUCUGAAUUGUUGAAGGAUUUGGGGUUUUGUUUUGUUUUUUUGUUUUUUUAAAAAGGCACAUGCUUUACACCUCUUGUAGUUUAAAAUGUUUUUAAAGAAAGGAUGUCCUAGUAUUGAGCCAUAAACUGAUCAAUCAGCUCCAACCUUGAGCUUACAAAGAAAUUUCCCCCGCUUUAAUUUCAUUCACGGUUUUGUCCUCUUCGGCGUAUCGGCCACCACAAAUAUCCUCACAUUGCUGUGUUUAACUUCCCAGCGAGCAGCUUUCUAUCGCAGACGCAAGAAACAUAAACGACACGUGAAGGGAAGGUGCUCACUAAUCUGAGCUUGAAUAGACCCUCCACAAAAAGGAAGAGAAAGAGUCUCUGAGCUAUAGUAGGAAUAUAAUGCAGCUCCCCUGGUCCCCACAUUUAUGAAGUGCCUGCUGCCUCUCCGUCCUUUAUUGAAGCCGUUCGUGAGCAGGUGUUUCAUAUUGUGACCCGAGUUCUUUUUUUAGGGAGUAUCCUGAUCCCACUCGCUGCUUAACCGUCCCCUUCCUAGGCUAUAAUGACCACAACUGCUCGGCUAAGCAGGCGUAUUGUUUUAACGCAGCGGUGGGACGUUCCCCGGGGCGCGCUCUCGCCCAAUAAGGCGCCGGUAAUUAGUCAUGUGACACAGACCAGGUGCAAGCAACUUGGGGAAAGUCCGUUUUGCCACGGAUGCUCCAGAACCUCGCGCUGCCCUCACUCCCCCCCGUACCAACCUCGCAGAAAAGCUUGACUAGGUGCAGCUGGGGCCCCUCCCUUCAUCCCUCCAACACUCUCUCUUUCUCUCUCUCUCUCUCUCUCUCUCUCUCUCUCACCCUCCCUCCCUCCUUCUGCUCUCCUGCUCCUCUGAGCUUUAGUAUUCCCACUGAGGAAAGGGGCCUCCUUUGUCCUGACGAAGGGGGAAAAAAAAAUCCCAAGUGCAGAUUUUAUUUCAGAGCGAGAGAGAAAGAGAGGGCAAAUGAUGGCAGGCUUUCCAUGAGGCAAACAGUUAUUUGUUGGGUUUUUUUAAAAGGUUGCAGACCAUUCAAAACUGAAAUUUGUUUCUUUGUUUACAAAAAAAACCUGGACGUUUCAUUGGCCGAACAAAGUAAAAAAAUCACAGGCAGAUGGUACUCGUUCUUAUUUAAUGCUUUCACCUCGCACUCCAAAGUUCGGUCCCUCCCCGAAAGAAAUCGGCAGAUCUGACGUGUCCGAGAGGGAGUGCGAGUCGAUCGAAGUUGCCAUGGAGGUUUUUUUUUCUUAUUAUUCGCCAUGUGCAUGACCGUCCUGGCGCAACCACCCCAAUUCACCCCGUACCCCUCCACCCCCUCCCCAAAGCACAUACCCCAAGCCAACGGCCACGGGCAGCCAAUGGGAGCAAGACGUCCAAGUCCAAAAUGAAAUCAGACAAUUGAAAUUGACAGGAGAGCUGGGUGGACACGCCCCAUUUAGUGGCUGCUGGAGCUGAAUCAAAUUACACACCCACCCGAGUCCUGCAUAUCAACCUAGCGGAUUUUUUGCCUGAGCGGAUUAGAGCAUGUGCAGGAUGGGGAAAGUCUCCAUUUUUUGGGAUUUUUUUUUUUUGCCCCCUUCAAGAGGGCUGCUGUGUAAGAAAGAAAGAAAAGAAGGCACUGAGAAAUGUAGUCCAUCUGAAAUGGGUCAGUUUUGUCCCUUUGGAGACUUCAUGCGCCACUGCCACAUGUGUGGGACUGGUCGGGUGUCGGGGUAAGCUCAUGACCGCUAGACAAUAGCGCUAGUCGUGUAUUAGUCAUCCCUGAUGGUCUGUAUUUUGUCAGGAUUUCAGUAAGGUCUUUUAUUUCAUUACUUUUUCAGUAUGUAGGAGGGGAUUUGUUGUGAAGGUAGGAUCAUUUCACCAAGCAAAUUUUAGUUUGUUUAGAUUUUUGUUUUUGUUUAACUUAUAGGUAUAAACAUCUAUGAAUCUACUUUCAUUUACAGUGCUACACACGGGCAUUCUGAUUCGCAAGCAAGAAAUUUACCAAGCUAUACAAAGAAUUCAAGCUAUGAAAAAGCACUUACAUUAAAAACACUUAUGUCUGGAUAAAGAGAGAAGCACCUUAUAUCAAGACGAGCAGCGUAUAUCUGAAACCAAACAGCUGGAAAGCAUCGUAGACAACUUUAGAAUUAGAGAGUUGUUGUUUUUUGUUGUUGUCGUCGUUUCAACUAAGUUCUUUCACUUUGCACUGGUAGAAGAGACGAGCGAGGAAAACGAAUCUCUGGACGCAAUCUGACUGAUGCGGUUUUCUUUUCUUUUUUUUCCUGAACAGUAGCUACGCUUCUCUUAAAACAAAAUGCAAAGCAAAGAAGGCUUCGUUAACUCUUUCACGAUCAGCAUGAAAAUCGUCAUAUAUUCGUAAAAGGAUAAACAACGGCCUAUUCGGAGGAAUGUAUGUAUGCAGGAUUUGUAUGUCUUUCUUCUUUUUAUUUUAUUUCCUCGUCAAAGCCAAAACUGCUAGAAAAAUUAUGCAAAUCACGUUCAGUGGCUUGGAAUUUUUUUAGAAAACUGUGCCCGUGUGGAUAUUUUUCAAAAAAAAAACGAGAAAAAAAAAAAGAAGUGUAUUCCUGAAUCCUGGCCUUCUUCAGGCGGAAGGAAUACACACUAGCAAUAACAAACUUCUAUUUUAACAAACAGAACACAACAAGGCGUAGCUUUCAAAGUUGUACAGAACUUCAUACAGGCAUUGCUUAUUAGGUGUCGAGAAAAAACAAAAAUACGCAACAUUUUCUUCAAACAAACAAACAAACAAAAAAGCUUGCACAUUGUCCGAUAUUUAGAAACGCACCAUUCCAGACAUUGUUAGAGUUUAUACUGUGACGUUUCUCUGACUUUUAAUCGAUCGUUAGUACUUACAAAUGAAAGAGAAAGUUUUGGACGGGAGGAACUUCAGCAACGUUUUGUUUUUUUGUUUUGUUUUGUUUCAUUCCCAGCAAAUCACUGCAAAGAGCCAGGUACAUUUUUAACAGAGUAGCAUUUAUUUGCUAUUAAAAAACGAAAACAAAUAUUUGUAUUUACUCAAAUAUAUUCGGAGAUAGCUAUAUCAUAAAACAAAUGUGACUACCAUAGGCAUAUCGUGAGAAUAUAUUUCAGUAUUUAAGCCAAUUAUGAAACUAUUUAAAAAAAAAAAAAAAGUCUUUUGUUGGACAGUUUGUUUAUAUUAUAGUGGGAAUCCCGAUAGAAGGAUUACGCUUAAGUUAAGAGUGUUUAUGGUAGCCAAAGUAUUGAAAUGAGAUUCAAAAAGAAAGAAGACGUGAAAAAUGUUAAUAUAGCACUAAAUAAUAAUAAGCAAAGCCUGUGGAAUCAGGACAGGACAGAUUAACGGGGUGAAAAUAGCAAUCUAUCGAAACCUGUAUGUCGAAUCAGACCAACGCGAUUAAGAAUUCCGAUCCAGAUCAUUUCCUGAAGUUGAGGAUGAUGAGACGUACCUCGCUAGAGCUAAUCGAAAACGUAUCAAAACGUGUCAAAACACUACAGGGCUACAGAUUCGAUCUGUUCAUUUGGAACUGAAGAGAAAGGAAAGAAGGAAGGAUUUUUUUCGUUUCAGUGCCAACGCGUUGUAUUUUGUGAAGGUAACGUUUAAGAAAACUCUUUAGUUUCGGAGUAAGUACAUAGUGGUAACGUGAUUUUUAAUAAUCCUUUUAGAUCCAUAUGGGUUAUGCAUGCUGAUUUAUUACAGAGCAUUUACCUUUUUAUCAGUUCAGAUCUGUGGAUAUAAUAGAGCUACAUGUUAUACAGAGAGCUUUAGUAAUGACUUCAUCUAGUGUUUCAAAUAAUGACGUAUUAAGAUUUUUGUUUUCUCCCCACCCCCCUGAACUUUAUCUUAUCUAUCUAUCUAUUAUAGUAUCUAAUGCACAAUUACAUGGCAGUCACAAUAUUUCCAUAAAACUACAAUCUAACUUUUUUUUUUUUCGUUCAUAGCGUUCAUAUUGACAUCUAUGGAAUUUUAAUAAUAGAACUAGAAAGAAAUCACUGACGUUAAUCCAGUUAGCGGGUGUUGCAGGCGUUUAUCUAUGAAACAGCAGCAAAGACACUAAAUGCACUAAAAGCAAUUCUAAUGCCUUUAUAAUAUAGACAGGACAGUGCAUUUGAAUGUAAAAAAAAUAAUAAUAAUAAAAAUAAAUAAAUAAAUAAAAAAAGGAAAAAAAAAAAAAAUCCAGACCACUCCAUCUGUGUAUAAUUUGCCUUUUGGACCAUCAGACAAAAACAAAAGCUUUACGUUUUUGAUGCCAUGGGUAAGGGGAAGUCGUUUACUCCACCGUAAUCUGUUUCGAUUCUCCCUGUACCAAGCGAGUAAAGGGGGGAAAAGUCUUAUAACAUUUUUCGUAAGAUUCUAUUUUGCUAACAUGGGUUAUUAUUUCAUACAAAGAGGGAGAAGUCAGUAUCUGGAUGUUAUUUAUGAAUAUCUUAAAAUGAAGCAGACAUAUUUAUAAGUAACUUCGAGACGUUUUGUUUUUUAAUUAAUAAAAAAGAAAAAAGUUAAUAUAUUUCUAAAAAAAAAAUUAAAAAAAAUACACAUGAUGUUGAUUUCUACUAAAAUUAAGAUGAUAGAAUUUUUUAUUUAUAAAUAAGAAAAAAAAAAGUUAGAUAAAUCCUUCAUACCUCUGACGGUGGGUGGUAAGGGGGGCUUUUAAAGGAUUAUAUUUUAACUUCAGAUUUUUCGAGCGUUAACGAUGGAAUGAGUUCAGGAAAAAAUAAAAAAAAAAAUAAAUAUUUUUUAGGAUUAGGAGGUAUUUUAGUCUCAAGUUUGUGCCUCAAUCACAUUUUAGCACUGCAGCAACACUUGGCACACGUGGUGUUUGCCUGCUGUUCUUUAACUAACCCCAUACUGCUGACUGAACACAAUCCUUUACUCCCUCAUUUCUGGUUUCAAUAAUGUAUAGAUUUUUUUUUAUUAUUAUUUUUAUUUUAUUUCUACUUUUAUUUUAAAAGCGCUUCAUCUGUUCGGACUACAGUGAAGUGAAUGGGCGUCACAGAGGUGUGUGGAAUGGAGGAGGAGGCGGAUAAUUGUGCAUAUACACAUUUUUGGAGCAUACAUCUACUACAUUCUGGGAAAAAAAGCCCCCUAGGCUUCCUGUUCCUUUUAAAAUAAAAAAAAAAAUAAAAAAUAAAAAAAAAAAUUGUGUGCUUUGAGUGUUUUGAGCAUUGCAUUAAAUAUUCAAACCCCCUUCACGUUUCCCACUUUUAUAUCUCGGCGUGAUGUAGUAGAUGUAUGCCGAUAUCAGUAAAACGCAGAACACUCUCAUAUAUCCUACAACACGGUAGUUUGCAUGUAUCUUGUAUCAUCGCCAGGCUGGAAAACGGUACUAAAGAUGUUUUGUUGCGUACAAGUGAAGGCUUUCUGUACACACUACACUAAAGGGCUGAUGAAUACUCGGUUUGGAUUUGUUUUUGUGUUUUGUUUUGGGGUUUUUUUGUUUUGUUUUUCGCGCUUGUAGAUUUUCAUCACUCUCGCAGGAAAACGUCUAACGGCGGCUUGUUGUGUUGAAGGACAGCCUCAGCUCUUACAUGGUGAAAUUGUAUCUCGACUGUUUUGACUUCAUAAUGGCGAAGCUAAUUGUGUAGCGUGGUUUGAUUUGUUUCAGUACGAUAGUGACACACACACACACACAGAGGGAAAAAAAAAGGUGGGGCGGGGUGGGGCUUUUACGGGGCGAUCAUGUUCUUUUUUGGGCUUGCUUUGGAUAGGUGACUCCGCUCCAACAAGUAUGUCUUUGGUAGCUUUCAGAAUCUUCCGACUCAGUAGAGAGAAAAAAAAAAAGUGUUUCAUAUAAACUCAUGUAGUGGUCUUAGUGCAUUAGUUUGGAACCGGCAUCUCCUGCUCUAAGUGUUUAGGUUCUUGUUGGUGAGUGAGAAAGGUUUGCCAUACCAUAGGGUUCGUUUUUUUGGCUAGCCAAUACUUCAAAAAAAAAAAAAAACCUUAUUUCUUCUUUUUUCUUCUUCUUCUUCUUCUUCAAAACAUUUGAUCAUUCAUGUGGUGCCCACACGAGGCAUACGAUUUUGCAGGUUUAUUUCUUAGCACAUGUUCUCUGUGAGUUUAAAAAUAAAAAAUUUUUUGUUUUGUUUUUAUAUUUGACCAAUGUAUGUAAUGCCAUACUAGUUUUUGUUAUUUUAUUACUUUCCAAACAUGUAUUGUAAAUGUUUCUAAUAAAAUCAAUUUAAUAAUCUUGAUGAAAUUCCUGUUAUCAGAGUUUGAUUGACGAGACGAGCGGCUAAAAGCCAAAACAGAACGUUUAUUUAUAUCCAUAUAUACAGAUUUAUUCAUCAACAUAAAGUCCCUUCUUACAUUUCAUCCCUUCAUAUAGAAAUGCCACUAAUGUGAGAAAAACAAGCCACUUUUCUUCCUUUUCCUUUUUUUUUCCCCCUCCUCCAUUUCUCUUUCGGUUUCUAAACUCGUGCAUGAGAUGGAAGGAGAGGUUUGUGUUCUUUCCCAAGAUUAUUGGACAAUCAUUUCAUUGAAUUAAAAGCAUUUCCAUUUUUUUUGGUGCAGUAUUUAAUCUUCUAGGAACAUUUUGAGGAGGGGAAAAAAUUUUUUUUUUUUUGCAGUCACAUGAACUGUAAUUAUAUUUGUUGAGAGGUUUUGGGGGGAAAUGUAACCUGGACACACGGGUCGGACCAUGCUGUUUUUGAGAACCAUGUUAAAGAAGACGGUGACGAGUGCUGGACGUCACAGGUUCUUCACAGGGCUGUAAUUUCAUUAAAAAAGAGGCUUCCUAAUUGACAGGAACUGGACGUUGCAGUAGAAAACUAGAGAUAAAUGACCUUCAACAUGUCUUUUUUUUUUCCCCUUUAAUCUGACCUACCAUGAACUUCCUUUCUGUGACUCCAAUCGGAGAGAAAAGGAGGGAGAACAGAGAAAUGGAGUGAGAGAUGGGACACAAUUAACAGAGAUCCCGGAGGGUAUGGCUUUCUUCAAGUUACAUACAGUAUAUUAUAGGGAUGGGCAAUGAGGACUUCACUUACAGUAAGACAAGCCCCUUCCAGUACACCAGAAACUCCUCAGUGAGCAGCUCAGCGCGCCGCUGUUGCUCAGUCCUGCAACAUAAUCCGUCCACGUAAAGGGAUGAGCCUGCCUCUGCCUUCCUGUUUCAAUGCCUCCGUCUUAGUCCAGGUUAAAUGACUCACUGAUAAAACGACACCUAGAAAAGCCUCUAAAGCUGAUCCACUCAAACAUAAGACCUAACGACCAAAAAAAAAACAAA